GAUCAUUGAAAAAGAGGGAGGGGAGGUGGAGAUACAGCUGAUCGUGUGAUGUGUUCGUAAUUUUCUUGUCGUUUAAGCGAUGAUUUUCAAAAUAUUGUGUAUUUAUCUUUACUCAACAACUUCUAGUAUGUCCGAUCUUCUGUAGCGAAUUUUAGAUUCAAUUCUAAUCGCAAUUAUUCAUAUUUGGCUAAGUUGAGGCUCCUUGAGAGGUACUCAAAAAUUUCAAAAUGUCAGCUGGAACAAAUUUGGUAGUGCCUGUUGUUUUGUGGGGGAAGUCGGCCCCAACUCAUUGUAUAUCAUGCAUAUUCUUGUCACGAGAUCAGCGCACUCUAGUUACGGGCUGUCAUGAUGGGCAAAUAUGUUUGUGGCAAGUCGAUCCGGACACACUACAGAUGAUUCCAAGAUGUUUACUUGUUGGGCACACAGCACCAAUUCUUUGUUUGGCCCGUGUAUCAGUCGUAUCUGACAAUAACUACAUUGUCAGCUCCUCAGAGAGUGGAGAGAUGUGCACUUGGGAUCUUGUUGAUGGAAAAUGUAGAGAAGUUGUGAAAUUGCCAUAUGUCCACACAAAUAUGCAGGCAUAUCACAUGUGUGGAAGUGACGACAUCAGACUAUUUUGUAAUGGUUACUAUGCUGAAGUUUUAAUUAUGGAUCCAUUUAGCCUUGAAGUAUUGUUUACGUUAUCAAGUCGGAUGUCACCUGAUUGGAUUUGUGCUCUACAUGUACUCCGCCCAGCCAAGAGGAAAGAUGAUGUCAUUCUGGGCCUUACAACUACUGGCAUGGUUAAAGUGUGGACCCUUCAAGGCAAUGAAUCCAAAGCAACUGAACCACAUUAUGAACAUGAAAGCAAACAGAUACGGUGUUUGAAUGCUCUUUCUAUGAGCUGCUGUGGAGGAAACCAAAGAACUGUUGUUAUUGUUUGUGCUAAAUAUUGGCAGAUAUAUGAUGCUGGAGACUUCUCUAUUCUAUGUAGUGUUCAGGCCCCAAGAUCUGAACGUUGGAUUAGUGCAGAUUUCCUUUCGACCGAUCGUGUUAUUGCCUGGAGUGAUGAAGGCAAAGGAUACAUGUACAAACUUCCCGCAAAGAAGCUGAAAGGACUUGUGUUUAGCUCUGUUGCUGACAACAAAGAAUUUCACUCUGCAGCCACAGAGAGUGAUACACCUUUCCUAUAUUGUGUUUUGGCGGUUCCAAAUGAUAGACCAAUGUCUUGUCCCCCUGCAAUGCGUUACCAUGAAGUUUCCCGAAGCGGGAAAGUUCAGAAAUAUCUUUUAAGAGGUGAUUCUGAUGGUGCUGUGGUAGUGUGGAAUAUUCCAGAAGUCACUAACAGCCAGCUUGCUCAAAUCAAACAAGAAGAAUUUGAUAAGCCACCAGGUAUGCCUCCAACAAUGUCUACAAGUUUAACGAAAGCCUGGGCAGCAAUGCAACCUUCCCCUGUUGGGAUACUUGAUCAGCUGGAGCGGGGAGGAACACCAAGGGUACCAUUGACUGCAAGCAUGUACCUACCACAGCAAAGCCGUCUUGUUGUUGGAAGGGAAGAUGGCUCCAUUAUCAUUGUGCCAGCAACACAGACUGUGAUGUUGCAUCUACUGCACGGAAACCAUCAGCAAUAUGAUGAUUGGCCCCCACACCAAAGAUUAAUUGGACAUGUUGGGAGAGUGAAUUGUUUGUUGUAUCCUCAUCUUGUACAUCCCCGAUAUGAGCGUGCUCAUCUAGUGUCUGGAGGUGUUGAUUUUGCGGUUUGUCUGUGGGAUCUCUACAGUGGUACCUUGCUUCAUCGUUUUUGUGUUCAUGCUGGAGAAAUAACUCAACUUCUAGUUCCUCCUAAUAAUUGUAGUACUAGAGUUCAAAAAUGCAUUUGUUCUGUGGCAAGUGACCAUUCAGUAACACUACUGGGCCUAACGGAACGCAAGUGUGUUGUAUUAGCAUCCCGUCAUCUUUUCCCUGUUGUAACUAUCAAGUGGAGACCUCUGGAUGAUUUUAUGAUUGUUGGAUGCUCUGAUGGCUCAGUUUAUGUGUGGCAAAUGGAAACAGGCCACUUAGACCGAGUUCUUCAUGGUAUAAGUGCUGAAGAAGUCCUUUAUGCCUGCGAUGAGAAUACAUCUACGGCAACAGCAGGAGACAGUGGCCUGGCUAAUCCAGCUGUUCACUUUUUCCGUGGUCUACGUCAUAGAAAUCUGUCUGCUAUUCGACAUGCUACCCAGAGAGGAAUUCAUCAACUGCAGCAGCUCUCUCACCACAAUCAACAAGAUGGGUCCCUCCAGCAAAAAGGUCGAGCUAUGCCUCUUAUGAUUCAAGGUCUGAGGACCAACCCAAAAGAUCCUGAGAGUCAUAUUCUGUGUUUUGACAUUGAAGCUCUGAUAGUGGAGCUCCUAACGGAAGAAUAUGGCGCCAUGUCACCUGGGAGUCUUGAGGCACAAGGACUCAUCAACCAGUCAGAAUAUGAGAAGGUGUUUGCACUUACUCAAUCUGCUUCCCCUGAUGCGGGCAAGAAGAUAGCGGACUUCUUUGGUCGUGUAAAGGACAAAGCAGGCGACCUGGAACGUUCUUUGAAGGAGAAGGACCGUCAUGACCUCUUGGGCCGUGUUAAGGAUAAAGCGGGUACCUUCGAACGAUCUAUCAAGGAGAAGGAUCGACAUGGGAUCCUCGCUAAGAUGAAGGAAGGCGCUGAGACAAUGCAAACUAAAAUUCAGGCCAAAGCUGAGAGUGUUGGCCUCCGAGCAUCUGACAAGUCGAGUGAGUAACAGUAACCUUAUUGGGUGCAAGGUUGGAAAAUGACACC